GGUUUCGCCGCGCUCCUCGGCGGCGCCGCAUUAGUCUCCCCGUUCUUCCUCUGGGGCACGUCCAUGGUCGCGAUGAAGACGGUGCUGCCCGCGACGAGCCCUCUGUUCGUCGCGUCCGUGCGCUUAGUCCCCGCGGGCGCGGUUCUCAUCGCGUGGGCGGCGUUGAAUAAGCGCCCGUGGCCGAACACCGCCAACGCGUGGGCCGCGAUCGCGUUGUUCGGACUCGUCGACGGGACGAUGUUCCAGGGGUUCUUGUCCGAGGGUUUGCAGCGCACGUCCGCGGGUCUCGGGAGCGUGAUCAUCGACUCGCAGCCGCUGACGGUCGCGGUGCUGGCGAGCGUGAUAUACGGCGAGACGAUCGGCGCGGGGGGCGUCUUCGGUUUGUUCCUCGGCGUCGUCGGUCUGCUCAUGCUCGAGCUCCCGCGCGAGGCCCUGGAAGGUUUAUUCCACGGCGACGCCGCGACCGCGAUCGCGGCGAUCACCUCCGGUGUCGACGCGGAGGGCGGGCUGUGGGAGAGCGGCGAGUGGUGGAUGCUCCUCGCCGCGCAGUCCAUGGCCGUCGGCACGGUCAUGGUUCGGUGGGUGUGCAAAUACGUCGACCCGGUGAUGGCGACGGGGUGGCACAUGGCGUUAGGCGGCGUCCCGUUGCUCGCGUACAGCGUAAUCAACGAACCGGAGGUUUACUCUCGUUUGGGAGAACUCACCGGGAACGAGGUAGGCGGGCUCGUGUACACGUCCAUGCUCGGGAGCGCGCUCGCGUACGGGGCGUUUUUCUACUUCGCGUCGAGAGGGAGCCUCACGAAGCUGUCGUCGCUGACGUUCUUGACGCCGAUGUUUGCCGCGCUGUUCGGGUACAUUUUGUUGGGGGAGACGUUAGACGAGGUCCAGCUCGCGGGCGCGCUCGUGACCGUGGUGGGGAUUUAUCUCGUGAAC